AUGCAUCCUUGGGUAGCCUUCACAGGCCUCAUACUACUUUGGACAGACGCUGUGGAUUCUCAGGCACGUGUGACCGGCGUGGUGGGUCAGCCUGUCACGCUACCCUGCACCUACUCAACAGCCUCUGAGAUCACGUCCAUGUGCUGGGGCCGAGGGGGCUGUGCUAUAUUUAAAUGCUCAAAUCAACUCAUCUGGACUGAUGGAUACAGAGUCACCUUUCGGAAGGAUAAGCGUUAUGAUCUCCACGGCAUCAUUCCCCGGGGGAAUGUGUCCUUGACCAUAGAGGAUGCAGCUGAGUCUGACAGUGGCACCUAUUGUUGCCGCGUUGAGCACACUGGGUGGUUUAAUGAUUUGAAAAUCCACGUAUCAUUGGUGGUCAAGCCAGGUGAGCUUGCCUGCCUUCUUCCUGUGAUCACGCCUCGUGGCUCCCCCGAAGGUCACCAGUGCUCCAGUAACAACGAAGGCCACCACCUCUGCUCCUACAACUCCAACAUCAACACCAACCCUUAUGACAGAGAAACUCUAGUUGGUAAACUCCCAAUGUUGGAAUUGGCUCUUGUGCCUUAUGAUGUAAGAUACGCUCCACCUGAGGUCACCGGUGCUCCAGCAUCACCUAAGGCCGCCACUUCUGCGUCUACCACUCCAGCAUCAACACUAACUCUUAAGACAGCUCCACCUGAGGUCACCGGUGCUCCAACAUCACCUACGGUCUUCACCUCUGCACCUACAACUCCAGCAUCAACACCAAACAUUAACUCAGAGACUACUUCAUCUUCUCCAAUGCAGACAAAUGAAACCUGGCCUGUCACUCCACGGGAAAGAAAUACAACCAGCUCUUCUUGCCCAGCAGAUGGGAACAGCACUGUGACACAGCCUUCAGGUGGUCAACACAAUGAAACUCACGGAUCCUGGUUGGAACAGGAUCCAUGGAGGGGCUCCAAGCAGUCGUUGUACAUUGGACUCACCAUUGCUGCCCUGACGCUGGUGACGAUUUUGGCUGCCAUAGUUACCAAAAAAUAUUUAUACGUGAAAAGAAAGGUGUUGCAAAUAAGCAAAGAGCCUCUGGCUGAAACUUCACCAAAUGUGUCUGCAGUGCGCUACCAGGCGGAUGAGACUAUCUCCUUUGAGAACGAUCUUUACAACGGGAAGUGA